AUGAUCACGUUCGUCCGUGGUCUGAACCACGUGUUCCGGCGGUCGGCAAGCGGCUGCAGAAGAUCAAUUACAGUGAUUGAAGAGAACAAACGAUGGAAAUCAAAUGUCGGCUUCGUCGGGCUGGGAAACAUGGGAAUUCCGAUGGCGAAAAACUUAUUGAAAAACGGUUACGGGGUAAUUGGCAACGACGUUUCAGCCGAACGGAUGAACUUGUUUAGGAGCCUGGACGGGGCCGAGACCGCGGACACGGUGCAGCAAGUGGCCGAAUCCUCGGAUGCAGUGAUCACCAUGUUGCCAGAAAGCCAACACGUUCUUUUGGCGUACACGACACUGCUCAAUUCUUCGAAACCUGAACAGUUAUUCGUGGACUGUAGUACAAUCAGUCCGGAGAGCUCUAAAAAAGUGUCAGAAAUGGCCCAGAAGAAGGGUUGUAAAUUUUUGGGAGCACCCGUGUCAGGAGGAGUGGUGGGUGCAGAGAACGGCACACUGACAUUCAUGGUUGGCGGAGACGAGAGCACGUUCAAAGAAGCCGAACACCUAUUCAGAUGCAUGGGGUCCCGAUGGGUGCACUGUGGCCCAGCCGGUUCGGGGCUGAUCGCCAAAAUAUGCAACAACAUGAUACUUGGUAUGACCAUGGCGGCGUUGUCGGAAGCAAUGAACUUGGGCAUUAAGUUGGGCGUUGAACCUAAGGUUUUGGCGUCUAUUAUCAACACAAGCACAGGACGGUGUUGGGCAUCCGAAAUCAACAAUCCCGUGCCCGGAGCCGUCGAUAAGCCAAGUCCAAGCAAUAACGGCUAUCAGAACGGUUUCAAAGCUGAUUUGCUGCUGAAAGACAUGCGAUUGGGCGAGUCACUAGCUGAAGGGACGCAAACUCAAACGCCUUUGACCCGCGUAACCGUGGACAUGUACGCACAUAUAUCCCGGAAGGGAUGGGGUGACAAGGAUUUUUCGAUCGCCUACAAAUACUUUAAGGAACAACAGUCAUGAUUCAUUCCAGAAUUUUUCGAAGUUGAAAGUAAAACAAUGAAGAAUACAUAAUAAUAUAUCACGCAUAUUAUAUUAUUUUAAUACGUACAUACAUGUAAC